AUGAAUUACAAACUGUGCGAGUUUGGCGCUUCUUUGAUAGCUGUUCCUGCCGUGCCACAGCAGCAAUCGCUGCAGGAUCGGCAUAAAGGGAUUCAACAGCAGCAGCAGAAGCAGCAGCAGCAACAUCAGCAUCAGAACCACAACCCAUCGCAGCAGCAGCCACAGCAGCAGCAGCACCACCACCACCACCACGAAUCGCAGGAGCCGCCCCAGCAGCAGCCACAGCAUCACCACCCGCAACAGCCACAGCAGCAACAGCAUCACCACCAGCAACAGCAGCAGCAGCAACAGCAGCAGCAGCAGCAGCAAAUUAGCUUACAGCAGCUUGUAUCAUGGACACAUCAUUACCUCCAUCUCCAACAGCGCAUAUUGAUGCAGCAGCAGCAACAGCAGCAAUGUCAUCAACAUCAGCAGCAACAGCAACAUCAUCAGCAGCAGUAUCAGCAGCAACAACAACAGCAGCAGCACCAGCAACAUCAUCAGCAGCAGCAGCAUCAUCAGCAGCAACAUCAGCAGCAACAACAGCAGCAGCAACAGCAACAGCAGCACCAGCAAAAUCACCAGCAGCAGUAUCAGCAGCAACAACAGCAACAACAACAGCAGCAACAGCAGCAACAACAGCAGCAGCAACAUCAGCAACAACAACAACAGCAGCAGCAGCAGCAGCAGCAGCAGAUUACUUGUUGCAGUUUGUCUUCAACUCCUGUGAGUCCGAGUAUAAUUAAAUCUCUUUCUAACUUCUCUAACUCUUUUCUUGUUCUUCUCUCUCUGUAA